CACGUUAUAAUUAUCACACCUCUAUCUCUAUAUUGCUAUUUCCGCCCUCUCUCUCUAAAUCCGUUUCAUCGCAAUUCCUUGGGAUCUCAAAAAUGGAGCACCGAACUCUGGAAAUCACUCUUCAAUCGGGGAGAGACUUGAACAAAGUGAAUCUGAUCUCGAAGAUGGACGUCUACGCCGUCGUUUCCAUCUCCGGCGGCGACAAGAGCUCCAAGCAGAAGACCAGGUCUCCGGUCGACCACGACGGCGACGCCAACCCCACCUGGAACUUCACCAUGAAUUUCACCGUCGACGAGGCCGCCCUGCAGGCCAACCGCCUCACCCUCGACUUCAAGCUCGUCUGCGAGCGCGCCCUCGGCGACAAGGACGUCGGCGAGGUCAGCGUCCCCAUCAAGGAGCUCCUCGAUUCCGCCGACGGCAAGAAAUUCCUCAGCUACCAAGUCCGCAAACCCAGCGGCAAACCCAAGGGCCAGCUCACCUUCUCCUGCAAAUUCAGCGACAAAAUCGCCGCCGCCACCGCCGGUAAAACCGAUUUUACCGGGUAUCCUGCCGGAACUAGCUCCGGUUAUCCACCUGCCGGAGCUUACCCGCCGCCGUCGGGCUAUCCGGCGGUUGAGGCAGGCGGCCAUUAUCCACCGCCGGUGGCUUACCCGGCGGCGGAGGGUAGUGGACAAUAUCCGCCGCCGCAGCCGGCGUAUCCUGCGGUGGCGGAGGGAAGUGGACAUUAUCCGCCGCCGCCGCCGGCAGGAUAUCCGGUGGUCGGCGAUGCUCAUAAGCCGGGAGGAUAUCCGCCGCUGCCGCCGGCAGGUUAUCCGGUGGUCGGCGAUGCUCAUAAGCCGGGAGGAUAUCCGCCGGCAGGUUAUCCGGUGGUCGGCGAUGCUCAUAAGCCGGGAGGAUAUCCGGUGCCGCCACCGCCGGCUGGGUACGGUUAUCCGGCGCAGCCGCCGCCGGGGUACGGGUAUCCGCCGCAGCAGGGCUAUGGGUACCCGCCGGUGGCGGCGCAGCAGCAGAAGAAAAAGAAUAAGUUUGGGUUGGGAUUGGGGGCUGGGCUUCUCGGCGGGGCUAUCGGCGGAAUGUUGAUCGGAGAUGCGAUUUCCGACGGGGCGGAUUUUGACGGCGGAUUUGACGGAGGUUUUGAUUUCUGAGUUUAUUUAAUAUAUUAUCGUUGAAUUUGAUGUUGCUUGUUGAAUUUUGUUUACUUCUAAUUAAUGUAUAUUAUGAAUUAAGUCUCAAUUUCAUAUCAUAACUACUGUUUGAUUGGGGUAUAUUCGAUUAA